UGCAAACAGCAGGAUAACACCACACUGGGGAAUUGUAGUACAGAGAGCAUCUUCAUUUGGAAAUAUGCAAAGCGCUCAAAAGCAAAACUCCCCGCAGUCAAAUCCAAGUAGAUCAGAUCUGAUCAACAGGAGGAAGAAGAAAGCAACAUGGCUUGUUGUCAGCUUGUUGCUUUUGUCCUUUCUGAUUAUUGCAUUUGGAAUUUUCACUACGACAAGAACAGAGAGUGUUAGUGUAACUGGAUAUGGAUCUGGGAUUAUUUUUGCUUUUGGAUCAUUUUUGGGAAUUCUUGGACUCUUUCUUGAAGAAAACCGCAAGCAGCUGUUGACAGCAGCUAUCAUGUUUCUUAGUCUUGGGAUAAUUGCCUCAUUCUUCUGCCUGGUAGUGGAUGGAGUUUUCAUUGUGCUGAACAUUGACCUGAGACCUCUGCACGCAGGAAGAUGUCAGUAUUACACAAGCGGACACAGCUACUUAUACGAGAAUUACUUUGCUUCUGUGCCUUGUCAAGGGCUGACAGAAUCAUGCAGCCUUAAAGUGCGGAGCGGCACAUGCUAUUGCUGUGACCUGUAUGACUGUGCCAAUGGGGGAUACUUGAAUAAUCACUAUGAAUACGUGGGUGUGAGAAGCUGCCAGGAAGUCCUAUCCCUGUAUGUGAUGAUCUGGCUUUUGACAGCCCUGAACCUCUCAGCUUUCUUCCUGGGGAUUGUGGCUACAGCUGUGCUUGGCAGUAUUAGAGAUGUGAAGGGGUCUGCUGUAUGUCCUGAGUUAAACACUCAGCUUCUAGCUGCAACUGAUUACAGACACAGUUACAUUCAGCACAAGGAGCUCAAUGGUGCAUUGUCACCGACUGCCCCUCUUCUGCAACAGGACCCAGGAGCCAGUUCAUUGUAUCCGAACCCAUCUGUCCAUUUCACACCGCCAGCCCUCACAGAACUGAUACCUGCCAGUCCUCCAGACAACAACCCCCCUCCGUUUGCACCCCUUUAUAAUCUUCAGCCUCACAAAACAGUAGCAGGAUAUUCAGUGUGAGGUCGCCAUUACCUCAAACAGCUUUUUUUAAAUAUUGAUUUAUUUUUUAAGCCAGAAUGUAAAACUGCUUUUUUCAUGUAAGUCAGAAAAGUGCAUAUGUGUCAUGCGAGCAGUAAGAUUAAUACAUAAGAUUACCUACAUGUGUUGUUUUUUUUUGGAGAUACAUGUAAUGUGCUUUAUUUCUAGUUUAGCGUGAAAGUUAUAUAAUUUGUAGGGGACUGGGUGUUCUCGUGGACUCAUCCAUUCGCAGUGCUGUGCAAAGCCAAAAUACUUCCCAUUUAAUACAAAUUGUAUUCAAGACAACUCAUACCUUCUAGGAGAUUUGAACAUGUUCCUCUAUAGAAACUGUUUCAAAAUGUACUCUUGCCAAUGACGAUAGGACUGCUGUUGACUGCUGCUGUUCUAAAGUCCAAAGCACCUUUGACCAUUGUUCCAUAGUCCAAUUUUUGUGUUCUUGUGCAUACUUUAGCCUUUUAGUCUUGUUCCCCUUUCUUAACAGAGGUAUUCUUACUGCAACACAUCCUUUAAGUCCUGAUUUCAAGAGUGACCUUCGUACUGUUGAUUUGAUGGAGUACCUUCAGUGAGGCUACAUAAAGGUGUAGUGUUACUGUGUAUUGUAGCCAUAAUGUAGUGUUCUAUUCAAAGAAAUCAUUACUAAAAGUGUUGUCUGUCAUGUUAAAGCAUGUUUUUUAGUUUUAUGCAAAAUACAAAUAAAUGCAAAAAUAACGUUUGUUUUAGCAUUCACUUAGAGUAAAGCCAAACGUGUUCUUCGGAUAACUUUUGAGGUCUGGAGUUACUAUAGAUGGUAAACUAUUCAAAUUUGAAAUAUUCUGUAUAGUAUUGCAUCUUAACUUUAUUCAUGCAAAGUACAUUUAAGCAGUCAUUUAGUUACAUGUGUGGUCUGAGUAAGUUAGUACAGUGCCAGCAUGUAUUAGCAAUUAUAGCUGCAGUGUAUCAUAUUAAAGUUAGCAAUUUAAAAACAGGAAAAUAUAAUAUGUUGUGAUUUUCCUAAGUAAACCUGGUUUCAUCUGUUCCCAUUUUAUUCUUAGAAUAUUAAGUGAUGUUAAUGGGAGUCCAAUGAUGAUCUCUUAGAAAAAAAACACCUGCAGAAAAAAAUAGCGUUAAAAGGCUGUUAGUUGGAUCAGCUGUUUAAUAUUGAAACCCAACGUGUCUAAUGUCUUAAUGUGUAAUAAAUAGUGCUUUCACUUUCCAACUCCGAGUUGCAGAUCAGAGGGACAGCUGUGGGACCGAACACCGCCAUAUUUGUUCUUUGCUGUGUCAAUAUCCACACGAUUGCCUUGUAUCUUUACUCGCAUGCAGCCAUGAGGUCACUGCAGCAGGACCCCCAUCUAUAAGAAGUCAAAAAAGUUAAUCCGUUUCACUGCUUUCCGUUACCAUACUUAACAGAGGUUUUGCACUUGUACAACAUGCUGUCCCAGGGUCUGUCUGGUGACUGCCAGCAGAUGGAUGGCUUCAUCUAUGGGAUUUCACUUCCCAGGUUUGAUUCCAUUCUAAAGAAGCCUACUUCCUUUCUAUAAUGCCACCUUAUUCACAAGAUUUCCUCAUGUAUGGAGAGCCCUACUGCUUUUAGUUACCUGGUAAUCCCCCAAUGUAGACUGUGGUGCCUAGUUGGUUCCACACAGCCUGCAGAGCUUCAAAGUCAUCAGCAACAUUCCAAAUGACUUCAUCUUCCAGUGAUUUGAACACUAGCUGUUUGUUUACUAGGAUCAGCUGCUGAAUCUGGAACUCACCAGAAAAAAAGCUCCGGAGGAAAUCUCAGAGAACCCAGGUCCUUGCCAGCAAAAAUACAUUUGAAGUAAUAAGGAUGUUUUUUUUUUUAGUAGCUGCAAAUUACACUUGAUAUAGAACAUGCCAUGUUGUGGAUUGAGAAGAUUCUUGGUCAGAUUGAUGUAAUUACUUGCUGUUUUUUUGUGCUCUGGUGGACUUUAAUCAUAAAUUUACAGUAAUAGAACGUGCUGACAAUUUCUUAAAGGAGCUGAGAGACUUUGAAGACUGCUUUCUAAACAUCAGCACAUUUCAUUUUCAAGGUAGUACCAUAACAUGAUGAUAUAAUACCAAUAUUUAAAAGGUGUGCUUUGGGUAGACUGCCAGCUACCUGAAGACUUCACAAAUUCAGCACCUGCCCUGCCUAGUAAAACAUAACAUAUUAGUUUUACAAAUGUAUUUAGUCAGCAGCCAGGACAAAGGUAUUUCAAAUGAUAAUUUCCUUUGGUAUACGGUAAGUACUGUAUUUACACCAGAAUGAACUGGGGUGCAGGGAUUGACAUUACCUGAUGUGUAUCAUCCAAUGCAAUAGAAAAUGACAAGUUGUUCUGGAAAUCCAAAAUGGCAAACAAAACUCCAUUGGCAACAACAGGUCUCAAAGACAGCUCCACAGUAAGACUCCAGUUUUCAGGUUCCUUAAUGCUUGAAUUAUCAAUGAACACGGCAACCAAAAUAAUAUAUAAACAGCUUGAUACAUACAGUAAAAUAGCCAUGCAUAUCAUUUUGGAAAACAUGAAUUACAUCAUAUUCAACAGAAUGCCAUUUACAGUUUAAAGCAUAAAUAUGUGUUCCAAAAAUUGAACAGAGAAGGUGGUCGUGCUAGACCUUACACAAAAUGGUAUUUCAUAUGCCAUGCACUGUGCUGUGAACUGUGCAAUCCAGCUGACUUGGCAAAUGACCGUAGGAAUCGAGUUUGACAAUCUAGGUGCAUAGUGUGGUAACUAAAAACAUGUUUCCACAUUGAGGUCACAGCCAGAUAAUAGGCACAGCAUACCAUGAUGUUAUUCCAGACUUCUAAGAGAUCAAGGUACAUCCAAUUUACAGCAAAUAAAAUAAAAAAGGACAGUUACGAGAUUGUUCAAAUUAAUAAAUACUGUAGUUAAGGUUUCAGUGAGCUGAAGUUUCAAUGAGUAGUCAAGAAACAAGAAAUCAAUUGAAAUUGGCAGCACUUUCCAUAACAAUACAAAGAAAACAUAACACAAAGCUUACUUCAAUUUGCUAUUCUGAAAAUUUUUGUGAAGGAAAAAAUGUUUUGGGAACAAAACUUAAAUGAAUCACUUGAGGGCUGAUUGGCAAAAAAGAGCAACACAAACAGAUUACUUCAAGGCACAGUGGUUAUGUAAAAAUCUGAAUUAUCAUGCAAACUCAUCAUAAGUCAUAGAAACAAGUUGGAUGGACUUGGGAAAUGCACCAGGAUCAUAAUUUGAAGCUGAAGUAAAGAACCUAAAAUAUUUAAUUUCUGUCCAGAAAGAACACAAUGUUGUAGCAGAGCAAGUUCCUAACCUACU